AUAAAAAUAAAAAAUGGCCAUACGUUUUGAUGCAUUGAAAACCAAACAUCAACUAUUCCAUGUCUCUAUUAGUUUGGGUGUCAUACUAAUAUGUAUGACUUAUAUGCAAUAUCGACGAAAUUGGACACAUUUGGGUAGCUUUUGGGAUUCACUAAUUAUACCCAUUGUGUUCACGGGUGAAAUGCUGAAGGUAAUCUUGUGCUUCUACUAUGGCCGUUUGGAGGAUGCUACAUUGACACAGAAACAAAAACAACGUAAGGCAUCAUAUUUUACACCCAAAGAUUUGGCAUCGGGAUUGCUGUUGCAAUUCCUGUGCACCGUGUUAUAUGGAUUUAUAUGUAUUAUCUUGGGAGCACCGGUCUUGCAGAAUUAUGAACAAACAUUUGUUCUGUCGUUGCUGUUAACGCUGCUAUCGGUGUCGCCAACGGUAUUUUUGUUGGGCGGUGGUGGUGCCCUACAGGUGUGGUUUUGUGAGAAACCCGAUUUCCUUACCAAAACCGAAGAGACGGCAUUGAAUCUAUUUAAAUAUAAUGCAUUGGGUGGUAUUUUGGGUGCAUGGGCCGGGUCGAUUGUUUCACCGUUGGAUUGGGAUCGUGAUUGGCAAACGUAUCCCAUACCGAAUGUUGUGGGCGCCCUAAUGGGCAGUGCAUUGGGUAAUAUUGUGGCCUGUACCCGUGUCCUGUAUGCCACAUUUAAGGUGUAUAUGAGCAAGAAACGUUCAUAAGGCAGC